AAGCAUCGGAUCUAUCACAAGUCCAAACACAAUAUGCCUUCUAUUGUCGCACAUUCAACUUCAUCCAUAACUAGUGCUAUGAAAUCGACAGAAGAUCAUUACAACAAUUGGCCCACCGAUAAAGGCUUCGACCCCGAAUACGAGCAGCGCGAAACCGUUGAACUCCCAGUGACGGGUCAAAUCCCUGCUUAUGCCGCUGGAAUCUUGUAUCGUACAGGUCCAGGAAAAAGCCAAGUGGAAACCGAGAAUGGGGAAACACUGCGACUAUCUCACUGGUUCGAUGGGUUCACUCAAACCCAUCGCUUCCAGAUAUUUGCCCCAAAUGGACCCCAUACAUCGCCUCGCGUGUUUUACAACUCCCGCUUUUCGACCGACGAUUUGAUCGAACAUGCAAGGAAAACAGGAUCUCUGGAAAGGGUCAGCUUUGGACAAAAGCGCGAUCCUUGCAAGAGCGUCUUGGGCAAAGUCCAAAGCGAAUUCGUUCCUCAGCCUACUGCGUCCAGUCAGAAUAUUGGCGUUACUCUUUCGGUCAAUUUCCCGGGCCUUGACAAUAAGCCCGAUGGGGUGCCAACUUCCCGCUGGAGCAACUCUCAAGAAAUUCAAACGCUCUAUGCAAAGACCGACUACAAUGCCUUCAAGAAGCUUGACCCUGAAACCCUGGAGCCCCUCGGCCUCGCCUCGCAGACUGAUCUCCAUCCUGACCUCUCGGGCCAGCUUUCUGCAUCUCACGCUCGCUCUGAUCCUGUCACGGGUGAUAUGUUUAACUUCAACCUCACCCUCGGACCAACUUGUACGUAUCGUGUCUUCAGGGUCUCGGCCUCGACUGGACAGACAACAAUUCUGGCGACUUUUCCUGCAACCCCGGCCUAUCUCCAUUCCCUCCUCAUCACCGAGGACCAUGUAAUUCUCUGUGUGUGGAAUGCACACAUCAAUCCCCUGGGCUUUGGCGGAAGCUUCAUGGAUGCGAUUAUACCAACAGAUCCAAGCCAGCCGGCCGUUUGGUAUGUCAUUGAUCGCAAAGGCGUCAACGGACUGAUCGCAGCAUAUGAAAGCCCUGCGUUCUUCUGCUUCCACACCAUAAAUGCAUGGCUCGAGCCCUCGAAAGAUGAUUCGUCACAGAUGGACAUUGUGGCAGAUAUUGUGAGAGCCGACGAUUCGGGCGCUAUACAAUCUCUUUACUACGAGAACCUGAAAUCGUCACUGGCAACAGCGAAAGAAUUCCAGAAGGAAAGGAACGACUCCUUCCGUACAUCUAUUACCCGAUUCCGUCUUCCUGCCGUGCCCAAUCUCCCAACCACUGAAAUAAAGAGAGCAAUCCUCGAAUGGUCCGUAUGCAAAUCAUUGUCCCCGGAGCUACCGACUAUGGCCUCGAAAAGAGUCACCCAGAAACACCGAUAUGUCUAUGCUGUGACAUUCCGCGGUGAGGCGACUCUGACAGAUGGCAUCAUGAAGCUCGACUGCGAUACCCAGCAGGUUCAUCUCUGGGCUUGUCAUGGCCAAUCGCCUGGUGAGCCUAUCUUUGUCGCCAACCCCGAGGGUACCAGUGAGGACGACGGCGUGCUCCUCAGCGUGGUUCUCGACGGAAUGCGUGGAAAGAGUUAUCUGCUCUGUCUUGAUUCGCGAGACUUGUCGGAACUAGGUCGGGUAAAUGUUGACGGGGCGGUUGGCUUCGGGUUUCAUGGUCAGCAUGUUCCGGCUGUUGGUGGAAUGCCGACUGGUGACUAUUAG